AUGUCUAAUCAUCUACUGAUACGAUAUUUACAUUUCAAAAGAAAAUAAGACACAAACAAAGCGUGUGUUAAUAUUUUUUCAGAAUAAACUAAAUACCUUUAAUUUUCAACUUUAUUUAUAAAUACUACCCCAAAAUAUUUAGUAUUUUUGUAUGCUUAUUAAUUGAUUGUCUAUGAUACUGUUCUCUAAAAAUAAUUAAUUAAUAAAAACAUAUAUCUUUUAAUCAAAAUUUAUACGCCUUAAAUAAUCAAGUCAAGUCACAUCACGCACGGGUAAGCACGAAAUUUGAAAAUUCUAAUAAAAAAUUUUAUUACCCAUGUUUAAUUAAUUUCUGAGUAAUAAUCUAUAGAAAUAUUUUGCCUUACUUUAUGA